AUUUCCCUUCUUUCUACCUCAUAUAUAACAAUCCAAAACCCUAACCCUAACGAAGACCUUUCUUUCGCUCUCCAUCGUCGCCGGAGUAGAACAUACAACAACAGAGAAGCCAAACCACAUUCAAUCAUGGGUAAGGUUCACGGAUCGCUGGCUCGUGCAGGGAAGGUGAGAGGCCAAACACCCAAAGUGGCGAAGCAAGACAAGAAGAAGAAGCCCAGAGGUCGCGCUCACAAGCGCAUGCAAUACAAUCGCCGUUUCGUCACUGCAGUUGUUGGUUUUGGGAAGAAGAGAGGACCCAACUCGUCGGAGAAGUAAAUCUCAAGCUUAUAGAGUUCUGUAUUACAGCAUAGUUAGGCCUCGUUUGGGAACAGGCUAAUUUAGUAACUUUUUGGCUAUUUGGCUAAAAAAGUAGGUAAAAAAA